UGGGGUGCUGAAUGGGCAGGUGGUGGGACAGCUAGGCUUGGGCGGUGAUUCGGUGAACAACUACAAGACAGUAGCCAGGACCUCCACUCUCUCCUGCUCUUUCAUUAUCUCACUCCCCCCUCUCUCUCUCUCUCUCUCUCUCUCCUCCUCCUCUCUCCUCCCUUCCUCGCACGCCCAGCUUUGCUGAAAUGACCCUGCACAACAUGGAGAGUGUGGAAGUGUUUGCCUCCGAGGGGAAAGGCCGAGGCCUGAAGGCUGCCAAGGAGCUGCUGGCGGGAGAGGUGGUGUUUGCCGAGCCCAGCUUUGCCGCCGUCGUCUUCGACAGCCUGUCACAGUACGUGUGCCACAGCUGUUUCCGGCAGCAGAAGAAGCUGCACCGCUGCGGCCAGUGCAGGUUCGCCCAGUACUGCGACCGCACCUGCCAGAGAGCAUGCUGGGAAGAGCACAAGCAGGAGUGCAACGCCAUCAGGAAGAAUGGCAAGGCGCCCAAUGAGAACGUCCGCCUCGCCGCCCGCGUCCUGUGGCGCAUGGAGAAGGACGGGGGCGUGGCCUCAGACAGUCAGCUGACCACACUGGAGGACCUGGAGGAUCACGUGGCGGACAUGCCCGAGGAAGACCUCAAGGAGCUGAAGAUCGACGUCCACAACUUCCUGGACUACUGGCCCAGCGGCAGCCGUCAGCACACCGUGGACAGCAUCUCCCACAUACUCGGCGUGAUUAACUGUAACGGGUUCACUCUGAGCGACCAGAGAGGCCUACAGGCCGUGGGUGUGGGGAUCUUCCCCAAUCUGUGCCUGGUCAACCAUGACUGCUGGCCCAACUGUACUGUCAUCCUCAACCACGGCAAUCAGACGGCUCUGAACUCUGUCUUUCACUCUCAAAGGAGGAUCGAGCUCCGAUCCCUGGGGACGAUCGCGGAGGGGCAGGAGCUGACGGUUGGAUACGUGGACUUCCUGAACGUGUCCCAGGACCGGCAGAAGCUGCUGAAGCAGCAGUACUUCUUUGACUGCACCUGCACACACUGCUCCCAGCACACCAAGGACGACCUCAAGAUGGCCGUCAAGGUGGUGGAUGGCAAGAAGCCCUCAGAGGAGGUGGUGAAGGAGGUGACGGAGCACAGCCUGAAAGCUCUGGAGCAGAUCGAGAAAGCUCGCACUGAGGGAAACUACCACGAGGUGGUGAAGGUGUGCAGGGAGUGCCUGGAGAAGCAGGGGCCGGUGCUGGCUGAGACUCACCUGUAUCACCUGCGGGUGCUGAGCGUGGCGAGCGAGGUGAUGUCCUACCUGCAGUUCUUCACCGAGGCCGCCGAAUACGCCCGCAAGAUGGUGGAGGGCUACAUGAAGCUGUACCACCCGAACAACGCCCAGCUGGGCAUGGCGACCAUGCGAGCGGGGGUGACACACUGGCACGCCGGGCUCAUCGAGGUCGGGCACGGCAUGAUCUGCAAGGCCUACGCCAUCCUGCUGGUCACGCACGGGCCCUUACACGCCAUCACCAAGGACCUGGAGACCAUGCGCAAUCAGACGGAGAUGGAGCUGAGGAUGUUCAGGCAGAACGAGUACGUGUACCACACCAUGCGUGAGGCGGCGCUGAAGAACCAGCCCAUGAGCAUGAUGACCGAGCCGGUGGCCGAGGGCAUCAAGAGCCUGUUCCGCAGGAAAUGAGCGCCCUCUACUGGCCAGCACAGGAAUCAUCUUCCCUUGCUGCCUCGAUAUGGCACGCUCCCACACACACACCCACACACACACACACACACACCCACCCACACACACACCCACCCACACACACACACACACACACACACUCAAACACACACACACACACACCCACCCACCCACACACACACACACACACACACUCAAACACACACACACACACACCCACCCACCCACACACACACACCCACCCACACACACACACACACCCACCCACCCACACACACACACCCACCCACACACACACACACACACACACACACCUACACCCAGCUGACACCUGCACACUGAUAACAAGGUGACACUGUGUAGAGAUUUUAUCCAAAUUUACUGUGUUUUAGUCCAGUACCCCACCCUCCACACAUACACACACACACACACACACACGUACACACACAUACACACACACAGACACACACUCACUUGCAUGACUGACACACACAUAUAUACACACACGCAAACACAAGUCUGAACACUUCAAUCUGUAUUUAAAAAAAUCUAAUUUAUGUACACUGGAUUUACAUGACAAAGUUUCCAGAUGUGGAACUCAAACAUGCAUCCCUGCAUUAAAUGAACAUCCUCACUGUUUCACAGUUAAAAUGGCACUCUUCAACACUGUGGAAUUUGUCACUGUGUUCACGUACUGCACCUGGGUCACAUGCUGGGCCUACACGUGGAAAUAAACAUGUACAUGAGGCUCA